AUGGAUGAGUGUAGAGGAGUGAGAGGAGGAUGCAUUCGGAUCAGGUGUCCGUCGCCACGGAGAGUCAUGAAUCGGUGGUUUUCCUCGCCGCGUAAGGUCAAAAGAAAUAAGAAGUCUAUGGCGGAAGGACGGGUUAGAGACUGUGACUCUGUGAGGAUCAGAAAUUUCUCCAAGGAUGUUCAUGGAAUUGGCGACUUUUCAGAUUCUCCACCACGGACAAUCGGUUCCGAAUUGCAAAAAAGGGAAUUCUUGUUCAGCAUUGGGGUGAGUUGUUAUCUCCUACAUCUGAUUGUUACUGGUAAAGAAGAGAUUCACAAGAUAGUCGAGCUACGAAACGAUUUGGAGAAGUUUCUUGAACGUAAGAACGAUGAACUGAGGCAAAAACAGCAAGAGUUGAUCGAGCUACGUAGCGAUAUAGAGAGGUUCUUAGAAUCACACAACUACGAAUUGAGGCAAAAACAGCAAGUGUCACUCUUUAGGCAGCAAGAGCAGAGUGAAACCUCUGCGUAUUCCACCACAAGUGAUGUUGUAGAUGGCCCUGAAUCUUCUACUGAUCACUAUUACUCUCCACAGUUCCUGGAGACUUCUUUUUCUGUUGGACGUGAAGGGUCUCUGAAACAUUACGUACUCAAGGGAGGGAAAGAAGAUUUUGGGGGAGAAAUGGAUCAGCUUGAAGCUGAACUUGAAGCUGAGUUUGAGCUUCUUCAGAUUGGUCAAGACCAGGAAAGUCAAUGUUGUAAGCUCAAGGGUAUUUCAGAGAAGAGUGAAGAUUCACAAGGAUUAAGGUUCGGACAGAUGUGUCCAGGACCAAUGGAGAAACAGCAAGGUGUGUGUCCGUAUGAGCUGGAGAGAAGGCUACACGAGCUCAUGGAGACGAGACAAGAAGAGGAGAUAAAGGAGCUAGAGACUGCAUUGGAAGAUGCUAAACAAAGGCUUCAUGUGAAGGAGGCUGAAGCUUCUUGGUGGAAAGACACUGCUUAUAUAGUCUCUGAACAUAUUCCAGAACCUUCUAGAAUCACAUCCAACUCUCAAACUCAUCGGUACCCUCUCUCUAGGUGAGAAUUUGGUAAUUUCAAGUUUCAGUAUUGAGAAAUUACAAAGAGUUGUAUUUUUGUGUAAGAAGUUACAUGUUAAGAGUAAUC